AAGUCCAUGAAUGAUUCUUGGGUACUAUUUCGAUGCAUAAAACCAGAUACUCAUUUCCAGAGAAGUUAUGUUCAUUUAAUGGACGUUCAUCAAAUUUUACCGGGUGCUCUCAAUAGAGGAGACGAAGUGUUCAGCGUUGGUGCAGUUGAUGGCUUUAAUUUUACGGUUUGCGCAGUUGGCACAAAUAUUGUAAUAUUAUCCUCCUCUUUUGAACGUGUACAAGUCAUUACUCCUGUAAACAAUGCCGAAGGACUACUUGUGAGAUGUGUAGCAGCAUGUCGCGAAACUGGAAAGAUCGUGGCAACUUGCAGUAGUGUAAUACGUAUUUAUGAUCCAGUUGUGCAAGCUGAAGACAGGAUAAACGCUUUCACGUAUCGUUGGUCCGAAACAUCUAGUUUUCUUUUGGAUUAUCCCGUGGAUAAAGUCGAGUGGAGUUUACAAGGCCUGCGGUUGUUGUUAUGUUGUGGUAAUGAGCUUCAUUUGUAUCAAAAUUCUCUCCUUUCUACAGCUUUGACUGCCAAGUCAAAUGUGCCUGUAACAUUUGGAAUACAUGAAGAGGUUCAUAAUUUUGUUAAUUUCAAUUUAUUUUUAAUUGUGUUUCUCGGAUUCUUCAAAAUUGUGAAUUAUUCUCAGGAAACUGAAACAGAAAAUGGAACGCAAUCUUGGGAUUGCAUCUGGUCUCAAAAGUUAGCGACAAAGCCAAAGUUUAUGGCUAGUUCUUGUGAUGGAGUUUAUUUUGCUACGUGUGGCAUUUCAGAUUGUAUGGUAAAAAUAUGGUAUCAGAGAGAAAGUAGAAGUACUAAACGGUCCAAUAGGUUGGAAGAUGGUCAGGAAUUCUUAUUUGGUUUUAGUUAUGUUCAACAUCCAGAACCAGUUGCUGGUUUUGAAUGGCGAAAAGUUCCUCAUUUGAUGCCAAAGCAGUAUGUUCAAAAUGUGUUGCUGACUUGGUGUGAAGAUAAUACGGUGCGGGUUUGGAAAGAACCUACUACAGAAUCUUCUGAUUUCCAAAUUAUGAAAAGUGUAGCAGAAGUAGCUUGCCUUGAAAGAAAUCUGCGAAGUGAACACCGAUCAAAAAAUCAUUCUAUCCGAAGUACUCGAAUAAAGAUCAAAGCAUUGGUCAAGAAAAUUUUAGAUAGAAGAAAGCAUACAAAUGGAAUGGUGCAGUUGUCGAGAACUUUUUCUAAAAAUGCAUCGCUGUGUGAAAUUGCAGCUGGAAAGCAUGCUGAAUGGAGUCCUAGUUUCUAUCUAUGUUCCACCAUAAAUGCUCAAAACGGCAUGUUAUUUAUUUGUUGUGACAGUGCAGCUUUCAAUAAUAAUAAAACUCAUGUUGAUCACUGCAAUGUUAAUAAUAUUUCAGACUGCUUUCUUGUUCCCACGUUGGAAACUUCUGCAGAACAAAGACCAUUUGUGGUUCACUGGUUGAACAAUAAGGAGAUUGUUUAUGAUAUUGGUAUCGAGAAAGUUAUGGUUGAUGCGUUGUCCUCCGACUUCUCUAUGGAAUUCUCUAAAACGGAAACUUCUAUCGAAAAUCUAAUUGAUUUUAGUUCUGAAAAUAUGUCGGAAAUUCAGUAUUCGGUUCCUGAGCUUUUAUAUGAGAGUAAAGAAUCCCAAAUUGAAGGUGCUAAAAAUGUAGUAAUCGGUACUUCGGAACAAGAGAAGAUAUUGGAAGGAACAUUGGACAGUGCAUUUUCGACAGAUUCCAUGGAUUUCAAACUGGAUAUGCUUGUACGAGAAUGGAAGAAGUCCAGUGAUAUUUUGUUUGCCGUGCACCCUGCUGAUGGCAGCUUAUUAACUUGGACUAUGGAAUGGAUUGAUGAUCCCUUCAGACAACCCACUCUUAGUUUCACAUCGCGAUUCCCAUCUGCAUUUUCACUUUCGGAUUCAAUUUCUCUGAAUCCUUCAUUAUGUGUGUAUUAUCCUCAUGAUUUUCUUCAUGUUCAAUUUGCUCAGAAGAAUAUUUCUUCUGCUGUUUUGAAUCGUGCAGGACAAGGAUUUCCUCGUAUGGUUGAGCAAAGAAAUGUAAAUUUGCUGUAUUUGUUGACUCAUCAUAAUAACGGUUCUUUGAACAUGUGGAGUUUAACUAUGGAAGAUAAUGGAAAAUUCAAUACGAUUGUGAACAUAUUGCAUACUUCGAGAAUGUGUGGUCAUCGUUAUAAAAUUUCGCAGGUCUUUGCUCAUCCGAUGCUUCCUUUGAUGCUCACUACAAGUCAUUAUAAUCACAUGACACAGGGUUCAGAACAAACAGGGAAAGCAGAGUUAAUAUUAUGGAGGGUUACUCCUGUAGGACCGCUCUGUAAACGAGGUGGCGUUCGAGAACUUACACGAAUGACGAGCAAUUCAUCUGACUCAUUCAAAGCUGUUACAUGGUUACCGGCAAUUUUCUCGGGUUCAUUACUGGGGACACUCUCUACUCCAUCAAGCUCUUUUUUUGUGGCUAAUUGCUCUGGAAAUUUCAAUAUUUACCAAGCUAUUGUUGAUGCUGCCGAUUUCCUUGCAGAAAGACAUUCUAAUGGAGGGAAAAAUGUUUCUCCAUUUGAAAGCAACAAUUCAACUAAUGAUAAUACGAUAUUUGAAACUGGAAAGAAACAAAGCCUAAAAGAAAUGUAUAAGCUUGUUUCCACGCAGUCAUCAUCUAAACCUGGUUGUAUACUUUUACUGUCAAAAAUCGAAGUUGCUUCGCAUAUGGAUAACAUAUUACUCCAUGCUUUUAAUGAGUCUCUAUUGAAUUCUGAAAGUGCUGUAUUUGGUUUCACGAACGCUUCACGUAAUUCACUCGUUGGGCAAGCAACUGUCGAUCGUUAUUAUUUGGCAUCCUUUGAAAGAUCGAAAACAGAAGAUGGACUGUUUGUAACAAAAGAUGAAAAGACGUUGGAAUUAAAAGAUUCUCCAUGUACUUUCAAUGUUAAUGCAGAUGAAAAUUUUCACAGCAAAUUGCAAUUGAUAACGAAACUAGUUUAUGAUGACUACAUCCUGUUGCCUGAUGGUGUUACUGUUAUAUCAGUGGAACCUUCAGCGGGCCAUUUACCUUCAUUAAAUCUUUAUCACUCAUGUAAAGCUCCUUAUCAUGUAAUGUUAGCAUGUAGCGAUGAUAAUAUUCGAUUUUACGAGUGUGUCAGAAAUAUUGCUAGUAAUGGAUCGGUAACAUAUAUUUGGAAAAUGUGGGGAAUGAUUAGUAAUAACAUGGAUUCGUGCAUAGAAAUGGACGGUCAGAUCCUUUCUUUGUCAGCAGCUCAUAGCACUCGAUUUGCUUGUGCUUACUUGCCUGAGGGUAUUGCAAACACAGCUUCAGUAAACCACAUAAAAGUUGGUGUGUUUGAAUGCGAAUCGUCUGGUGGGGUUGAGUGGCUUAGAGAAGAUACAGUUAUUGUGAAUAUGCAACAAAAAUUCAGGGGAGUUUCGUUCAUCAUAAUACUUUUAUUUCAUUUUCCAGUCAAUAAUGUUUGUUUAAAAUGGGUUUCGACCGAAGACGGCUCGCAUAUUUUAACAGUAGCGCUCGGUAUUUAUGUGUUUUUAUAUACACAAGUUUCACAAGGGGCCGCUCAAAGAAAUAUUGUCAUGAUGAAAGAACAUGACACACAUCGUCGAGCUCCUUUGAGAAAAACUUCUUCACUCGCAAACCCAACAACUAUAUCUACUCGUCUGGUACGCUGGCUUUGCAUACGAUUUUUGGAAUUGCAAUCAGCGGACGAUUUACCACCUUUGCCAACCACUUUAGGCUGGGUUCGUGACGGUUUGUUGGUGAUUGGUAUGCGUAGCGAAAUGCGUUGCUACAGUCAGUGGAAUUUCAGGACAGAAUUUUUGAAAAAUGGCGAACUGGAAGAAAUUGCAAGAAAAGAUCUUUCAAAACGUAAACCACCGAGUCAGCUUGCACUUGCUAAUUUGGGUAUCAGUCAGUCGCAUUCAACAUUAGAUCAGUUGUCAAAAAAAUCUAAACAAGAAACCCUUCCUUUGAAUAAACAAAAAAUGUACAAGAAUCUGCUGCACAGAGUUUAUACAGCUCCGUACGACUUGCAAACACUGUUGUUGAAAGACGAACAUGUACUAGAAGCCAUUAGCGACGAAGGUUUAUUUGAAGCUGCUCGUUUGGCUAGUCCAAUCUUGCCUCAGUACCAUCCAAAAUUGCUCAUUGAACUCUUAAAUUCAGGGAGAACAGGAGUAGUUAAAGCAAUAUUGUUGCACGUUUUGAACUGUUUAAAGCAACUGAAUGUAUCGAUAUCAAAUCCGUUGUCACGUGCGUCGUCUGUUCGUAAAAUGUCAUUAACCGAUGCUGACUUGAAAAUGGAAGGUUCGGGACAAGAUAUUGCACGAGGCCUCUGUGAUACUUUUGAUGAUUCGAAUUUAGAAUAUGAAGAGCUUGGUGGUAUUCCUCCAUUAUCACUUCAUACUUUGUUAUUUCCGUGUGAUUCGUCUUCUAUUGACAAAGAGAAAGUGUCGGAAAAAGUACAAAGUGGACAUAUUUCACUUUUUGAUGAGCCAUGUGAUGACAGUGGUUCAGAUCGUUCAUGGGAUAUUGACAGUGAAUCAAAGAAAUCUCGCCAUGAUUCAUUAUCUUUAGAUGAUACACAACCGCAUCUUUUGUCGAUAAAUUUCACUGCUAAACACAACCGUUUACUGACAGAGUUUCUUACACACAUUCACUUACCAGGUCUAUCAAGUGUAGACCAAGUGCACUUAUUAUCGAUUUCUGACACAUUGAGUCAUUUCUCAUCAAAUGUAAUGGAUAAAGUGACGCAAGCAAAUGCAGCCUUCCAUACUGCUCAGCCCCGAAUAGUAAGCGAUGUAGCAAGUGGUUAUGCUACACCUACAGCAGGGUUUGAAACCGUUGACGAAUGUGGUUUAAGAUAUCUAAUGGCCAUGAAACAACAUGAAUACUUAUUAUUAUGCUUACCACUACAGCAGAAGCAUAUUCUUCGUUCGAGAGGAUUAUCACCGUCGCAGAUUAUUUGGGCUUUACAUUCAGAAACCGAAACGGAACUGCUCAAUGCACUUCCCUGUCUUCAGAAGUCCUCAUUGUCAUGGGAUGAGUUGAGAUCAUCGGGAGUUGUUUGGUGGUUGAAAAAUACAUCAUCCUUACGUAUGAUUAUUGAAAAACUGGCAAAAGCGGCGUUUCAAAAAAAGCAAGAUCCUCUCGACGCAUCGCUUUAUUAUCUUUUGAUGAAGAAAAAAAAUUUGUUGACUCAUUUGUUUAAAACAGUUAAAGACACCAAAAUGCUGGAGUUUUUUUUGCACGAUUUCAAUGAAGAAAAAUGGAAAAAGGCAGCUCUGAAAAAUGCGUUUGUGCUUAUGGGAAAGCAACGUUUUCAGCAUGCUGCUGCAUUUUUUUUACUAGCUGGUUCAAUUAAAGAUGCAUUACAGAUAGUAGUGAAUAAAUUACAAGACUUGCAACUUGCAAUGGUAAUAGUUCGACUCUAUGAAACAGACUACGAAGAACAAAGUAAUUUAUUAAGGGAGUUGCUCUGUCGGGAAAUUUUCGGCGCUGGGAUCGUGGAUUUAAAGGAUUUUGAUAAAAUGCCCAGCGCACACAGAAACCCGUUUGUGAGAUCAAUGGCUUAUUGGCAUUUGAAAGAGUAUGUUCGAGCAGCAAAUACAUUGGUUGAUGAGGCAGGUCGCGUUCAUUUAGAUGCUUCCACGGAAUAUUCUUUGUCAGAUAUAUUUAAUUUCUAUUCAUUCAUUCGCACUCAUCCUCUCGUUAUCCGGCAAAGACUUGUGAAUACGGGAAUUCAGAUAGGUUCCACUGAAAAGUUUUUAGCCGUUGCGAAGUAUUUUGCAUCAGUAAUUACACCUCCAGAACGGAGAUUGUAUUUCCGAACUGCAAGUGCUCAUAUGGCAUCGGGAUGUCCUUUGCUUGCUCUUGAUGUGUUGACACGCUUGCCUAAAAACCUCACUGCAUCUGAAUUGUCAUUUUUACUUCCUACUAUCGUCAAGCAUACUAAAUCACAAACAGUGAAAAAUGAAGGUCAAUCGAACAUAAUGAAUUUGAGUGUACCAAUAUAUACUUUAAUCGAUCAAGAACUGAACUUGCAUUUAAAUGAUUCGGAAACAGGAAACGAAGUUGUGACGCAGGAAAAAAGCAGUAGAGAAGUUCUACUGAAAGAUUUGGACAAAGACGAUAAAAAUAGUGUAACAAUGGAUGUGAUUGCUUACCAUAUGAAGUUUAUUGUUACAUUACGACUCUUGAUUGAAGAGUUAUCAGUCUUAGCAAAUGGUUUUGAAGUGGAUGGAAGACAGUCUCGUUAUCAAUUGCAUAACUGGCUAGAACUAAGCGUGAAUGUGUUGAGAAAUAUUUGUGAUUAUCGUUCCGAUUACAAUAAUUGGAAGCUUUUUGGUAUUGUCCAAAAUGAAGAUAAAUUCAGUGGUGGCAUUAAAGCCCUUCAUUCGGAUGAAUUGGAAAAGCCGUGCAACCUGAUGCAGUGCAUUUUACGCCGCAGGAGAUGGUUACGUUCAAAUCAGAAGUUUCUACGCAUUUUUGUGUCUUAUUGCGCACUGCAUAAUUCUCAAAAUCAUCGUCUAACUGCUGCAUUAAUGGAAUUGCUAUUGUUAUUAAUGGAAAUACAAGGGGAUGAAAAGUUAUUGAAGCUUUCAGAAGAGUCUAUGGCAGUGGUACAUUCAUUUCCACUUUUUAUUUCUUAUCUUUCACCAUAUAAAUCAUUCAUGUCAUCGCCGCUCACCUUUAUUAAAAGUCUUUGCUCAGAUAUCUUGCUUUCAAUUACUGACUUAUGUGAACCUCCAUUGAUCAAUAGUUCUUUGCCUAAGGUCUACAAACUCUACAGUUUAUGCCAGGGUUUGUCUUCAUGUCUAUUCCAAUCUCUUUGCAACCUCAAUGAUGUUGAUGCCGUGCAGCAAUCGGGAAUUGUGUUACGGUUCGCAAGAGUUGCAAUGAAUGAUGAUCCCAAAGUUACAACGUCUCCUCUAAAUUGGCCAGGAAUGAGCAGUCCGAUGGCUCCUUUUUAUGAAAACGACGAAGCUCCACAACUUAGGAUUCUCCUGCUCGAAAUUUAUAUAGCUGUAUUUGUUUCCCUUUUUGCAUAUGGACUUGGCACUUAUGAUGCGCGGUGGUUGUUUCGUUUAGCAGCCCACAGUAUUGAUACUAAUGAAUUUGCCAUUUUAUUUGGUGGAGGUGGUGGUGUGAAACACAUUGUCGAAUCAUCGAGUACUUUGGACAACGAAACGGACUCAAAGAGCAUUGCAAGCAAUCUUUCAAUCAAUUCGUCAUCAUUCCAUUCUAAAUUCAAAGCCAAAAUAAUGGGAGUUGAAGGAUCAGCUAUUAUUUCAUGUGAUAAUAUUUCAACAAGUAAUUCAAGAUAUGAAAAGUGCCACCAUAUACCUCAGUGGAUACCACCUAAAAAGAGUAUAGUGCAAUUUUUUGCUGAAAAGCCCAAAGUACCAUUUGAAAUUCUGCAAACAGAUUAUGAUUCUGAUGAAGAACAAGAUGAAUCAACUGUGGAGUUAGAAAAUUUGCAAAAGGAACAGCACAAUGAUUCAGAAGGAUUUGCUUGGUGGAUCUUGCGUUUAGCUCUUACCCAUCAGCUGUUACAUCGUAUGAAGUCUUUUUUAAAACUUGCUGGUUUAGAAUAUUCAGAACUACCAGCUUUGUCUCCUCGUGCAAAUGCUGUGUUUAAACUUAUCGAAAAUUGGGCAAGAAUCCUUGAACAACAACUAUAUGCAAUGCCUGAUAGAUGUCCUUCUGGCUUACUUCCAAAUUUAUUAGCUGUAAAUGAUGAUGUCAGUGCAGUAUCAUCUUUAAAAAAAUACGAUGUUUUAAUGGAAAGAAACAACACGCCUUUUGAGUGUGCAGAUCCAUCUGCAUUACCAGUCAAGAGAAUUUGGCUGUACCUUAUUCACCAAGAACAUAUUUUACCUCUCUUCGUUAAGCACAUUUUCGGCUACAACGAUAAGCAGAACAGAAGUGGCGAGCGGGAAAGUAAUGUCGAACCUCUAAUCAAAGGUGUUGAAAAUGUAUUCAAAAUUGUGCAAAGGGAUCAUGAACCUAUAGCGGCAUUUUGCUGUAGUGAGGCGAAACCUGGCUUUUUGGUAGUUUCAAAUGCUCGCGAACUGCAAGAAAUAGAUCUCUCAGCAUUGUUUGAUGGAACAAACAGACUAAAAUUGCCUUUCUGGAUGUUCAAUCGAGCAGAAUUUGAUGUUGCACUUGAUGAAAGAAAAAAAGAUUUAAAAGAUAAUGAUGAUUAUCAACUGUUGGUUGAAAGUGGACGACAAGUUGCCACUAUAAACUCUGUUUAUAAAAGACAAGUUAGUGGGAUACGGCGAUUAGAUCCUCACCCAACAUUACCAUAUUAUAUUAGUGGGUCAUCGGAUGGAUCAAUACGGUUAUGGGAAUGGGGAGUUGGACAACCUCUCUUCACUCCUCGCAUAGCUGGACAAUAUGCUAAGGUGACGAAAAUAUUGUUCUGUAGUAAUGGUAGCAAAUUUGCGUCUGUUGAUAGUGAUGGAAUAUUAUGUUUAUGGCAAGCAAACCAGGGAUUGCCCGUCAAGAAACCUUUCUUUAAUCAGAAAUGUCACUCAAAAUUUGCAUCAGAUGUGCAAUUUUUGGGUCCCACAUCUUCAAUUCUGGUUACUGCUGGUUUGGGUUUAAUGGAUGAAAACAUCAGUAUUUGGGACACUUUAAUGCCACAUUCAAAAUCACUUAUUCAUUCCUGGACUGCACAUCCAGAAGGAGCAACAUCUGUUAUAUACUUGUCAUCGCAACAGAGCAUAGUAUCUGGUGGACGACACGGAGAAUUAUGUAUAUGGGACUUCCGGCAACGGCGGUUGCGUACAACUGUCAAGAGUUUUGAUAAUUCUGCUGUGAAAUGCCUUGUAAGCGAUCCAUUUCAACAAAUCAUUGUCGCUGGGUCAAAUGAUGGGGACAUAAAGGUGUGGAGCACUGAUCUCGCACCGAAUCUUGUGGCUGCACUUGACAGUGAACAUGUUGCUCGAGGAGGGUUUAGUUUGCGCCAGGUUGCUUCGACGGUACAGGGUAUACAGCAAUUAUACAUCGAUCCCAAAAUCCGUCUUUAUUCAUGUGGUGCUGAUUGCUCCUUAAAAAUACGGUCUCUCCGUAGAAUCGUUGCUUUUAUUGUAUAUAAUGUUUCGGCAAAUGAAGACCAGAAGCAUCAAGGAGAGCGGUAA